AUGGCCCGUCCCACUAAUUCGGCCGCUUCUGAUGUUAUUCCUCCGAGCAGUAAAACGCGAAUGCCCAAGAUUAAACCGUUUAAGACCAUCCGGACCACAUUUCUCAAGAAGAAGAACACUAUCGGUAACUUGGUAAGCAAGGGCACACACAGCUCACAGUCAGGGGGACACAAAGAUAGUUACAUGGGAGACGUGGAGUCACUCACACUACGAUCCCCACAGAGCCGAGGAAGCUGGGUUGAAAGCAUCGAUAGCAAAAAGAUACAUAGCCUCAGCAAUGACCGCGUCACUCUCUUUCGAUAUGAGCAUGUGCGAGUGACGAGCUAUCAGUCGGUGAGAAAGAAGUACCGCAACAGUGGGGACAGCAGGCGGGGCCAAGAACGUAUGGAAAGUGCCGUGAAAGGAACAGAUGUACUAAGAAGGGAGCGCGCCAGCGUUAUAGAGCCGAGAGGCCCGCUUGAGAUAUACCAGAUCAUUACCCCGAUAUCGAAGGAGCCGUCGCAAAAGGUGACAUAUUUGUGCUUGGGACGGAAAGAGCAGAUUAUAAAGCCAAUCCUCCCCAAGCUCAGGAUCACCAUGCUCACCCGUGAAGGAUUGCAGUUUUCGGUGCUAUCGUUUAACCCGGAAAAUAGCUGGAAGAUUGAGUUUUUAGGUGCUUUAGGCGACAGCGCUGUCCCCUGCAAUGUCAUUCUAGCCUUCGAGAACGCGGUAAAGAACAUCUGUCGCUAUACUAGCGAGCUGAAUAAUGACCCAAUUGAGGAGGUGGGCACGGAAGACGACGACGAUCUAGAAUACCUGCUGUAUAGUGACUUUGCCGAAGAUGAUGACACAGGGAGUGACAUCACACUGAAUAGGGAGCAUUCGUCCGAGCCUUCCGACUUGCUGAAUUGUUCGACAACUAAUGAGAUGAUUAACGAUGCAUUCAGAAAAGCGAUUGAACACAUAAGGCACGUCGGCUCCAUGCCAUUGAUCGAAGCUCACGGCGUAAAAAGUUUCAGCUCCCAACUGAAGAUAGAUGGAGAGCAGGUAGAUCCACCGCCCAAGGCGAGUCCAAGGCAGCGCGCGGUCAGUGUCCCAGUUGAGACGCGCACCUGGAGCAAGCUUUCGACACAUCCCGUUGCAUUGUCUACUUGGAUGGACAUUGAAUACGAUGAUAUUAAAGAAUGA